GGAGGUAUCGGUCAGAAUACAGUGCGCCCACAAUAACCGUGCAAUGCUACGGUAGGUUGGAGGUGGGCUUCGUUUGUCGCCGUGUACAACGCUGCUGUUGUUGCCUGAAUCGACAAUGCGACGUGCAUGCUUUUUACAUCAAUUCGAGCAGGGAAUCCAUUGAUGUAUCCUAAAUAAGAAAUAAAGAAGAAACAUUAAGAAGGUGACGUUGGAGCAGGAGGAACGUUAGGGAGCAACAUCUUACAUAUCGCUUUCUUGCGCCAAGCAUUGGCGAGUUAAGACGAUUCAGAGAUGCGGUCCCAUCCAUUGAAAUGGCAGUCGAUCCAUCCUCGUCAGUGGUGUACCCUGAUUCGGACACCACGCCAGAUCUCUGAGUUGCAGAUUCAUCGUCUAGCUCCAAAAUCGCACUCAUGUUGCCAUCUUGAUCAAAUCUAUAUGCAGAAGGAAGCAUUUCAGAGAAAGGCGACAGUGGUCUGUCGUGGUCGUGUUGACUUGUGUACUGGUCUGACCCCGCAGCAUGUGUUGCCGCUCCAAACGACGAUGAAGAAGUUCCAUGCCUUCGUAAAUAGUAAACUAAGCCGACAGAGGCCGCGAAGGCACAGCCACCAACGGCAAACAGGACAAGGGAUGCGUUGAUGUUAUUGGGGCCUGGAGCAAUGUUCUGGGGUGCUUCCUCGGAAUCACCGAAUGCAAUAGGGUUCACGAUUUCUGGGCCAAGAUAAGCCGCUCGUUCUAGAUCAUUGAUCUGGGCGUCGAGCAAUGAAAUCGUCUCACGGAUGGCUGUCAAUGUGUAAUAUCUGGCAAGUUCAAAGUCCGCUUCUGGCGAGAUAUAGACUGGGAGAUCCGCGAAAUAGUUAGAUGUGAGCGGGCGGUUUGCUGCCACUGUCUGUGGCCUGGCGUGACACGCAAAUAUCCUCCUCUUACCUGUCAAAAUACCGUCAAACACUGUGCAGGCAUGUCUAGUGUCCACAACUGCGUCGCAGUCACCUAUAGAAGCAAAUCGUGAGUUACAGCGACAUUUUCACAGCCAUGGGAAAUCAAACACAGUAGAGCAAGCAAAAACCGUACCUUCCUCGGAGAAACUAUCCUCCGGGACAUGGUCGACAGCUUCAAACCCUAAUGCAUUGUCCGCUUGCACAAUGUCCACGUCACACGGCAGGAGAAGGUUGGCAAUAUCCCUCGCCAACGCCCGCUCCAUUUCCUUUCUUACAAACUCCACGGCGGCUAGUCCAUUUGUGCUCGUUUCGAGAGCGUACGUGAACACAAUCGUCUCUGCUCUCACGAGAGUAGCAUCGCCACCACACGACACAAUCGUAUCUUCCGAUGCUGCCGGAACGGUUUCGUUUGUGCUCGUAGUGGGGUGAGAUGGAGCUGGCGAGCCAAGUGGCAAGUUUGCAACCGGAGACUCCACAUCUUUCUCUUCUACGAAACCAGGACCGUGCACCGCUUCUGUUGGUACUGUCGCCAAGUCUUCAGGAGACUCUGUACCAGUAGUGCUUGAGCUGGGAAGCUCCACGAACGAAGGCAUAAGGUGCAAAAUAGUAGGAAACGCAUCAAUGGAGGGAGCGGUAGAUGGUACCACAAGUGCUGCUUCUGACACAGUUGGUUCCGUCUCGGAUGAUGGUGGUUGAUUGACUAUGCCUGUUGGAUUUGCCAGUGUAGGCGUUGAUCCGGAUAUUGCUGCAGGGGUUGUAGGGGCAGCGGCAGAUGGGGUUGUAGCAAUCAAGGCAGCAGGAGCUGAAGACAAUGAUGGUGGUUUUGACACGGGUGCAGAAGGAACAAUUGGAGUUGGGGAUGGCAAUGAUUCUGACAUUGAUGUAGGCACAGAUGCAGCUGCGGAUGGUGGGCUUGGAGUAGAUGGUGUCGCAGGCAAUGAUGUAAUUGGGGCAGCCACAGGAGAAGAUCCUGGCGUUGGCUGUGAUUCUGGGACCAUUGGUGUUGCCGGAUUUGUUGUGGUUGGCUUUACAGCAGAUGGACUUGUUGGCUCUGAUUCCGUUGGUUUCACUUGUGCAGAAGCUGUUGGUUUUGGUGCAGGUGAUGUUGCUGUUGUCUCUGAUUCCAGAACCGUAGGUGAUACUGGAUUUGAAUCAGUUGGACUUGGGACCACUGGACCUGGUCCAGUUGGGCUUGAUCCUGAUCCCGAGGUUGGGCCUGACCCAGAUGGCGAAGUUGGAUUUGUUCCAGUUGGUGAUUUGGUAAAGCUUGGAACUGUGGAGGUUGGACUUGCUCCUUGCGGUGAAGUUGGAUUUGUUCCAGUUGGUGAGUUGGCUAAGCUUGGUGCUGUUGGGACGUUGGAACUGUUGACGUUGGACUUGCUCCUUGUGGUGAAGAUGGACUUGUUCCAGUGGGUGAUUUGGCUAAGCUUGGUGCUUUUGGAACAGUAGGAGCUGUUGAGGUUGGACUUGCUCCUUGUGGUGAAGUUGGACUUGUUGCAGUUGGUGACUUGGCUAAGCUUGGUGCUUUUGGGGUUGGACUUGCUCCUUGUGGUGAAGUUGGACUUGUUGCAGUUGGUGACUUGGCUAAGCUUGGUGCUUUUGGAACUGUAGGAGCCGUUGAGGUUGGACUUGCUCCUUGUGGUGAAGUUGGACUUGUUGCAGUUGGUGGCUUGGCUAAGCUCGGUGCUUUUGGAACAGUAGGAGCUGUGGAGGUUGGACUUGCUGCUUGUGACGAUGUGGGACUUGUUGCGAUUGGUGAUUUUGCUGCACUUGCUUGUUGGGACAUUAGGAGCUGUCGAUGUUGGACUUGCUCCUUGUUUUGAUGUGGGACUUGUUGCAGUUGGUGAUUUUGCCGCACUUGGAGCUGUUCCAGUUGGACUAAACCCAUUUUGUGAUUUUGCUGAGCUCGAUGAGGCAGUCGGUGUUGGUGAUGUCAAACUCGAUCCAGUUGUUGCACUUGGAUUCAAUGCUGCUUGUGAUGUUGGACUUGCUGGUAUUGGACUUGAUCCAGUUGGCCCUGUUGAAUCUUGGUCCCGUUGACCCUGUUGGCCCUGUUGGACUUGAUCCCGUUGGCAUAGAUGCACUUGGCCCCGUUGGCCCUGUUGGACUUGAUCCUGUUGGACUUGAUCCCGUUGGCAUUGAUGCACUUGGUCCCGUUGGACUUGAUCCCAUUGGCCCUGUCGAACUUGGUCCUGUUGGCCCUGUUGGACUUGCUGCGUUUGGCCGCUGGGUUGGCACGUUUUUGCUUGAUGUAGUCGGAGAGGUAGGCAUGACAGCAUUUGCUCCAGGACUUUUUGUGUAGGCUGGCGAAACGCUGUUCUUCACUGGUGAAACCGUAGGGGCUGCCUGUACAGUAGGCGCGACAGGCGUUGAUAAUGGUACCUUCGUAGACGGUGCAUUCGGUGAAGCGGCCCACGGUGUUUUGGUUGCUACGUUUGCCGUGGGCGAACUUCCUGAAGGAGAAGGCAUGCUCACUGCGAUUGUAGGAGUUGAGUUUUGUGAGGGGGCCGAAGGAAUUGGUGGUGAGGGAGCUUUGGUUGCAGAGACGGUGGGAUUGGCUGACACUGGAGCACCCGAAACGCCUGAGACAGCGACCGUAGGAUUCUGAGUAGCAACCGGGGAAUGACCUGGACUGGACGGUGAAGCAGGAGAAGCAGGCGCCAUGCCCGGGGAACCUGCUGCAUGGCUGUUUGGAGGAGGAUCUUUGCAAUCAACGGGCGUAGGUGGGACUGUACAGGUUGGCGCUGAUGGCUUCGGUGUUGCUGCUGUUUGCCCUACAGGAGUUGGUACCAUGGUCGUUGCAGGCUGCGAUCCCUGCGGCUGACCUGGAAUAUGUGGUCCAGUUGGGGUUGGGAACUGCCAGUACGAGGAGUUUGUCAACUGUGUCAAUGGUACAGGUGCCUGCGUUCCUGAUGAAGUACCUGCAUCGGUAGAAACGGUAAGAGCAGUGGGUUUUCUCGUAGGGACUGGGUCUACCACGACAACAGUAGAAGGCAUGUAAGCAAUACUAAGUGAAGGUGAUGAUGGCUGAGGCUGAGGUUGAGGCGUUGAGCCCGAUGAAACAGCUACAGGCUGACUUGUGCUCGAGGAUCCGGUAGGCACUGGAGUCAGCGGUGAAGGUGCUGGAGCUGUACUAAUACCGGUAUCAAGAAUGACAGUGUCCACAUUUGAUAUUGCAUGGAAUGUGGGAGCUGGAGGGGGGCCUAAGGAUUCGCCAUCUCUCCCUCCAGAGCUCUCGGGUAGAACAGGUCCCACAGGUAUACUGUUAUCAGCAGCCGCAUCAGCCCUAUCCCGUCCAAUUUGAUUAGCCAUUUCAACAAUCUUAUCGACAUCUCCACUGAACGUUAUCGCUUUGCUUGGCGGACGAGGUCCAGGGAUUUCUUGGGUGCGUCUUUCUGCAAUGCGAUAAAGCCUUCGUUCUGACAGUGCCGCUUCGCUGUGCUGCACCAAUACGGUCGAAAGCAUUAGGCAGGCAAGACACCGCCUCGACGAAUUGAGCACCUGAAUGAAUAUUGCCAUUGUCAAGCGCUUUCUCUAGCUCUAUUAGAUAGUAUGCUGGAUUCUGAUGUUCUGCAUACCGGUCGGUGGCUUUAGUUAGAAGCCGAUUGUCUUCGUUGCUUUGAGGCAUUGACAGUUGCAACUUUCAAAAGAGAAAGUGACAACGACUAGUAGCUUCGUAGCUUCCCGUAUCCCAGAAAUUCUUCGAAAAAUCUGGAAUGUUCUAGAAUGGUGUCCACAACCACACACACAGGAAAGUAUCCAUGGUUCACACGUCACGGUCUUUGCACUUCAACAAGAGG